AUCCGGGCACCGCACCAUGGCGGCGGCGGCGGAGGAGCCCGAGGGGCGGCGGGGCCGGGGGCCGCGGCCGGGACCGGCACCGGGCAGCCCCGCGGGGCGGGCGGUGGGCGAGGGCUCGCCCGGGGGCGGUGGCCGCCGAGUCUUCAGCCCCGCUGGGGAGUUCCGCGAGUUCUCCCGGAGGCAGCUCCGAGACAUGGAAAGGCUCUUCCGACAGUACGACGCAGGGAAAGACGGCUUCAUUGACCUGAUGGAGCUGAAGCUGAUGAUGGAGAAACUGGGGGCUCCACAGACGCACCUGGGACUGAAGAACAUGAUCAAGGAGGUGGAUGAAGACCUGGACAGCAAGCUCAGCUUUCGAGAGUUCCUGCUGAUUUUCCGGAAGGCAGCAGCGGGUGAGCUGCAAGAGGACAGUGGGCUGCACGCCCUGGCCCGGCUCUCUGAGAUCGAUGUCUCCACAGAGGGCGUGAAAGGCGCCAAGAACUUCUUUGAGGCCAAGGCACAAGCCAUCAACGAAGCCAGCAGGUUCGAGGAGGAGAUCAAGGCAGAGCAGGAGGAGAAGAAGAAGCAGGCAGAGGAGCUGAAGCAGAGGAAGGCAGCCUUCAAGGAGCUGCAGUCCACCUUCACGCAGUGACAGGGCCG